CGCCUUUGGCUCGCUCCGCCUUUCUGCCCCCCACCCCCACCUCACGGGUACGGGCCAUUCCCGGCCAGGAAACGCCGUGGCGCCGCGUUGGGCCUAACUCGAGUCCUGCCGCCUCCCGGGAGUGCCGUGCGCCGCAGCCCGGGCCCAGGCCCCGGCAGCGCCUGGGACAAGACACUGAAAUUGAGGAAGAGAGAUUUUGGCGUUCUGUUGGUUUAUGGAGAGAGUUGAUCAGAGAUUGCUCCUUGGCUGAGUUGCUGUCUGCAUAGGCUGUUAACAAUUGUUUCUCUGGCAGCAGAUCUUGUUCAUCAGGAUUGCAUCAUUUCUGGGAGAAUGGCCAAGGUCCACAGCCUCAGUACAAAGACUGUCUGAAGCAUAUGAGGCCUGUUCUCUUUCUGAAGCGGCACUCCUCUUCCUGCCAGUCCUCUUCACAGGAUUACUGAAGCAGACUUGUUCUGAAUUUCUUUCAUUGGAUUGGUUGUUUAUUGGACUCUUGUCUGCCAGCUGCUUCCGCCUCACCUGUCUGAUGCAAUUUCUUCUUCUGAAAUCUGUUGGAAUUGUUCAUAAAACACUUUUUGUUUGUCUUCUCUGUGAGUGACCAGGGAGAUCAUACAGGUCUUGUGCUUUCAGCAAGUCAUAUAGAGAAGAGACUGUCAGAAUGAUGAUACAGAGACUGUUGGCCAUUUCUGAAACCAAUUAAAAAGAUGGGGUCUUCAGAACUACUAGCAGAUAAUUUGGGGGGACUUCAUAUUCAGAAGUCUAUAUAAAGGAUUCCUCAUGUCCGUAACAUGUUGGAUGAGGCUCUGCAGCUCACCCCCACUCUCAGAGUGGUCAGUCUCCAUUAAUUGGACCCCGUGAUUUCCAAUCUCUGCUGUGUUGGACGUCAUGAGCAUUGCAAUCCCUCUGGGAGUCACCACACCAGAUACAUCCUACUCAGAUAUGGCUGCUGGAUCAGAAAAGGAAGUGGAAGCCCCCUACCUUUCAAGACGAAGUGGCACUACACCAGGAUGUGAAAGUCCAGCGAAAGAGACCCAAGGGGCCUAGGGGGCAGCACACCCCCAGAAGCCAAGUCUAUUCCAGGCAGUACCAGGGAUUAGGGUCUGGGCUGGAAAAAUCCUGGUGUUUUGAAUAUGUUCAGGUCCAGUUCAGACUCUUGAUCCCACAGCCACUUCUUGAGUGAGGGUAUCCUGUCUUGGUAGUGAAUGGAAGAGGGCCUGGUCCCUGGGGCAGUGCAGAAGGCACUUUCAUCAUCUCACUCACUGCAAAUGUCAUGUGAGGUUUCAUGGAAGUAUUAAGAGAUCCAAUUAAGAAGAAUAGUUCUGAGUCUAAACCAGCCCAGAGUGGCUUCUCUAGGGGAAACUCCCCGCUCAGCUGCCCUGAAUCUGUGGAGGCUAGUCCAGCAGUUAAUGAGAAGAGCGUGUAUUCCACUCAUAAUUAUGGGACCACUCAGAGGCAUGGGUGUCGAGGACUGCCUUAUGCUGAUCAUAAUUACGGAGCCCCUCCUCCUCCGACACCUCCUGCUUCUCCCCCUGUCCAGACGAUCAUCCCUCGUUCUGACCUGAAUGGCCUGCCGUCGCCUGUAGAGGAACGCUGUGGAGACAGCCCGAACUCUGAAGGAGAAACUGUACCUACCUGGUGUCCUUGUGGUCUUUCUCAGGAUGGCUUCCUUCUCAACUGUGACAAGUGCAGGGGAAUGAGCAGGGGGAAGGUUAUUAGACUUCAUCGGCGGAAGCAGGACAACAUAUCAGGUGGGGAUAGCAGUGCAACAGAAAGCUGGGAUGAGGAGCUUUCUCCUUCCACUGUGUUGUAUACAGCAACACAGCACACACCUACAAGCAUCACCUUAACUGUUCGAAGAACCAAACCCAAGAAGCGGAAAAAGAGUCCAGAAAAGGGUCGUGCAGCACCAAAGACGAAGAAAAUCAAGGCAUUUCGAGAGGGAUCCCGGAAGUCCUUGCGGAUGAAGAAUUCUCCCUCUGAAGCACAGAAUUUAGAUGAGAAUACAACAGAGGGCUGGGAAAAUCGGAUAAGACUAUGGACUGACCAGUAUGAAGAAGCUUUCACUAAUCAGUACAGUGCAGAUGUACAGAACGCGCUUGAACAACACCUACAUUCUAGCAAGGAAUUUGUGGGCAAACCUACUAUUUUAGACACUAUUAAUAAGACUGAAUUGGCCUGUAAUAACACAGUUAUUGGUUCCCAAAUGCAGUUACAGCUGGGAAGAGUCACUCGUGUUCAAAAGCACCGGAAGAUCCUGAGGGCUGCAAGAGAUUUGGCUUUGGACACUCUUAUAAUAGAGUAUCGUGGGAAAGUCAUGUUACGACAGCAAUUUGAGGUCAAUGGGCAUUUCUUCAAAAAACCAUACCCCUUUGUGCUCUUCUACUCAAAAUUCAAUGGUGUAGAGAUGUGUGUGGAUGCCCGUACUUUCGGUAAUGAUGCUCGGUUCAUCAGAAGAUCAUGUACACCAAAUGCAGAGGUGCGACACAUGAUUGCAGAUGGGAUGAUUCACCUGUGCAUCUAUGCUGUGUCUGCCAUCACCAAGGAUGCUGAGGUCACCAUAGCAUUUGAUUAUGAGUAUAGUAACUGUAAUUAUAAAGUGGACUGUGCCUGUCACAAGGGAAACCGGAAUUGUCCUAUACAAAAAAGGAAUCCUAAUGCUACAGAACUGCCACUCCUACCACCUCCUCCAAGCCUACCCACCAUUGGAGCAGAGACUAGACGUAGAAAAGCACGACGGAAAGAGCUAGAGAUGGAGCAGCAGAAUGAGGCUUCAGAGGAGAAUAAUGACCAGCAAUCACAAGAAGUUCCAGAAAAAGUAACUGUAUCCAGUGAUCAUGAGGAAGUAGACAAUCCAGAAGAAAAACCAGAAGAAGAGAAAGAAGAGGUUAUAGAUGACCAGGAGAACCUAGCUCAUAGCAGGAGGACCAGGGAAGAUAGAAAGGUAGAAGCCAUCAUGCAUGCUUUUGAAAACUUAGAGAAAAGAAAGAAGCGGCGGGAUCAGCCCUUGGAACAGAGCAACUCUGAUGUAGAGAUUACUACAACCACCUCAGAGACUCCUGUUGGUGAAGAGACAAAAACUGAAGCCCCUGAAUCUGAAGUUAGCAACUCUGUUUUAAAUGUUACCAUCCCAAGCACCCCACAGAGUGUUGGUGUGAACACCCGGAGGUCUUCCCAAGCAGGGGAUAUUGCUGCAGAAAAACCAGUCCCCAAGCCACCUCCAGCAAAGCCUUCUAGGCCCCGGCCGAAGAGUCGAAUUUCUCGGUACAGGACCAGUUCAGCCCAAAGACUAAAGCGUCAGAAGCAGGCCAAUGCACAGCAGGCAGAAUUGUCACAAGCUGCCUUGGAAGAGGGAGGAAAUAACAGUUUAGUAACUCCUACUGAAGCUGGAAGUCUAGACAGUUCAGGAGAAAACAGGCCAUUAACAGGGUCUGACCCAACUGUGGUGUCAAUUACUGGAUCCCAUGUCAACCGUGCUGCAUCUAAAUACCCCAAAACCAAAAAGUAUCUAGUUACAGAAUGGUUGAAUGACAAAGCAGAGAAGCAAGAGUGCCCUGUUGAGUGCCCUUUACGUAUCACAACGGAUCCAACUGUACUGGCAACGACCCUAAACAUGUUACCAGGUCUUAUCCAUUCCCCGUUAAUUUGCACCACCCCCAAACACUACAUUCGCUUUGGCUCACCCUUUAUCCCUGAGAGACGUCGAAGGCCCCUCCUGCCUGAUGGCACAUUCAGCUCCUGUAAGAAGCGCUGGAUAAAACAAGCCUUAGAAGAAGGGAUGACUCAAACAUCAUCUGUACCCCAAGAGACUAGAACUCAGCACCUAUACCAAAGCAAUGAGAAUAGUAGCUCUUCUAGUAUCUGCAAAGACAAUGCAGACUUGUUGAGCCCAUUAAAGAAAUGGAAGUCUCGCUAUCUGAUGGAGCAGAAUGUCACCAAGUUACUUCGGCCUCUGUCUCCAGUCACACCACCCCCUCCCAAUUCAGGCUCAAAGAGUCCCCAGCUGGCCACACCUGGCUCAUCUCACCCAGGGGAAGAGGAGUGUCGAAAUGGAUACAGCCUCAUGUUUUCACCAGUCACAUCUCUUACUACUGCUAGUCGCUGCAACACUCCUCUGCAGUUUGAGAACAUAUCCUCCCCUGAGAGUUCCCCUGCGCAUAGGCCCGAGUCCCUGUCACCCGAGCUUUGUCACCGAAAAGACCUGGAUUUGGCAAAAGUAGGAUACCUUGACUCCAACACUAACAGCUGUGCUGAUAGACCUUCCCUUCUCAACUCAGGUCAUUCUGACCUGGCUCCUCAUCCCUCCCUCGGACCCACUUCUGAGACUGGUUUCCCAAGCAGAAGUGGAGAUGGACAUCAGACCCUCGUGAGAAACUCAGACCAGGCAUUUCGGACAGAGUUCAACUUGAUGUAUGCCUACUCCCCUUUGAACGCUAUGCCUCGAGCAGAUGGACUGUAUCGAGGAUCUCCUCUAGUGGGGGAUAGGAAGCCUUUACAUUUGGAUGGGGGAUAUUGUUCCCCUGCAGAAGGAUUUUCCAGCAGAUAUGAACAUGGCUUAAUGAAAGACCUCUCUCGUGGAUCCUUGUCACCUGGUGGUGAAAGGGCCUGUGAAGGAGUCCCAUCUGCCCCCCAGAACCCACCACAGAGGAAAAAAGUAUCCCUGCUGGAGUACCGAAAACGGAAACAAGAAGCUAAGGAAAAUUCUGCUGGUGGGGGAGGUGACUCUGCACAGAGCAAAAGCAAAUCUGCAGGAGCUGGGCAAGGCAGCAGUAACUCCGUUUCUGACACUGGUGCCCAUGGUGUGCAGGGAUCCUCAGCCCGAACUCCAUCUUCCCCUCACAAAAAAUUCUCCCCAUCUCAUUCCUCUAUGUCCCAUUUGGAGGCGGUAAGCCCAUCAGAUUCCAGAGGCACUUCUUCAUCUCACUGCAGACCUCAAGAGAAUAUCAGCAGUAGGUGGAUGGUUCCCACAUCAGUAGAACGACUCCGAGAAGGAGGGAGCAUCCCCAAGGUCCUCCGAAGCAGCGUGAGGGUGGCCCAAAAGGGAGAGCCCUCUCCCACAUGGGAGAGUAACAUCACAGAGAAAGACUCAGACCCUGCAGAUGGAGAAGGCCCAGAGACAUUGAGCUCAGCACUCUCUAAAGGAGCAACAGUUUACAGCCCUUCCAGAUACAGCUACCAGCUCCUGCAGUGUGAUAGUCCUCGGACAGAAUCACAAAGCCUCCUUCAGCAGAGUUCCUCCCCCUUCAGAGGACAUCCUACACAAUCUCCAGGAUACAGUUAUCGAACUACUGCACUGAGACCUGGAAACCCCCCCUCUCACGGUUCUUCAGAAUCAUCCCUCUCUUCCACGUCCUAUUCCAGCCCCGCCCACCCUGUGUCCACAGACUCGUUGGCCCCAUUUACGGGGACACCAGGGUAUUUUAGCAGCCAGCCACAUUCUGGAAACAGCACUGGCAGCAAUCUUCCAAGGAGGAGCUGCCCUUCUAGUGCUGCUAGCCCUACCCUGCAGGGACCCUCAGACUCGCCAACCUCAGAUUCAGUUUCUCAGUCCAGCACAGGAACUCUGAGUUCCACCUCCUUUCCUCAGAACUCUAGGUCGUCAUUGCCAUCAGACUUACGGACUAUCAGUCUGCCCAGUGCUGGGCAGUCAGCUGUCUACCAGGCCUCCAGGGUAUCUGCGGUUUCCAAUUCACAGCACUACCCACACCGUGGGAGUGGGGGUGUGCACCAGUACCGACUCCAGCCACUGCAAGGGUCAGGAGUCAAGACUCAGACAGGACUUUCCUAGGGCUUCUGGAUUUGGGCAAACAGAACUGAAUGAGCCCAUAGCUGCUUCCUUCCAGCUGCCUCUGGAACCUAGGCCGAGCAUAUUGCUGAGGAAGGGGGGUACAAGGUGCCAGAGGAUUGGGUCUGGUGGACAAGAAACAAGACUUGUGGUCACAAUUGGCCUCUGGCCUUGGAGAAAGCUGUAAAUCUUGUCUGAAGCAGAGACUAUAAAGAAGUUUCUCCCUGCUGUCAAGGGUACAUUGUUGACAAGCAAAUGGUGUUUCGGUUAGUAACGGUUCUAAGUGCAAUGAGUUGUGUUGAAGCCUCCGUCUCCCAUCCUUGCCUGUAGCCUGUAGUCACUUGUGCAGUGAGGACAUCUUUUUAAAUUAAAAAAAAAAAAAAAAAAAAAAA